AUGCAUGUCCAAAGAAAAGAUCAAUCUUAAUUUAAAUUUGUUUCGUUCUCUCAUACUACAUACUUAUAUACUUAAACUUCCUUCCUUGUUUAAUUAUUUGUUGUUGGCACAUUACUAGUUAAUUAAUAUAUAUUAUAUACGUACGUAGUGCAUAUUUAGUAAAUGGAGAAGUUAAACAAGUGUGAGGCGAACUAUGCAGCUCUUACACCAAUAACCAUGUUGAAAAGAGCUUCUAUGUGUUAUGCAGACCGGACUUCCAUUAUCUAUGGUCAAGCCCGCUUCACUUGGAGAGACACUUAUGUUCGUUGUCGUCGCCUCGCCUCUUCCCUUAACUCUCUUGGUAUUGCCAAGAAUGAUGUGGUAUCAGUGUUAGCACCAAACAUACCAGCAUUAUACGAGAUGCACUUUGCAGUACCAAUGGCAGGAGGGGUACUAAACACCAUCAAUACUAUGCUCGAUGCCAACACUGUCAAGAAUAUCCUCUCCCAUUCUGAAGCCAAGAUUCUGUUUGUUGACUAUGAGUAUAUCUCUUUAGCUUGUAAAGCUAUGCGCCUUCUUAAAGCUGAAGCGAAUCCAUCAGUAGCCAUACCAUCUGUCAUCCUUAUCACUGAGAUUGGUUUUCCAAUGAAAGAUGAUGAUGGUAGUAGUAUCAAACAAGGUGAACUCAAAUAUGAGCAACUACUUAUGAGCAGCAACCGCGAUUUGGUGACAGAGUCUUCCCUCCCUUUGGUGGAUGUUGAUAUGCCCUUAAGCUACAAUCUUAAGCGUCAUCAUAGCAGUCUUUUGGAGUAUGAACAAUUGAUUUUAAUGGGGGAUCCUAAUUUUGUGCCUCCAAACUUGGUUGAUGAGUGGGAUCCAAUUGCUCUUAACUACACUUCUGGUACUACAUCUGCACCUAAAGGUGUGGUAUAUAGUCAUCGUGGGGCAUACCUUAGCACUUUGAGUAUGCUAUUAGGGUGGGAAAUGGGAACUGAACCUGUUUAUUUGUGGUCAUUACCCAUGUUUCAUUGCAAUGGGUGGACAUUCACAUGGGGUAUUGCGGCCCGAGGUGGGACUAAUGUGUGUAUCCGUAAGACUACUGCGUCCGAGAUCUAUCGGAGCAUUGCCCUACAUGGGGUUACACACAUGUGUUGCGCACCCGUUGUGUUCAACAUCAUUCGUGAGGCAAAGCCUGAAGAGCGAGUUCAGAUUAAGUCUCGGGUUCAAAUCUUAACAGGUGGUGCCCCACCUCCUGCAGCGUUACUGCAAGAGAUGGGGCAGCUAGGGUUUCACGUAGUACAUGCUUAUGGGCUUACUGAGGCCACGGGACCCGCCUUAGUAUGCGAGUGGCAAACCAAGUGGGACCCUUUACCACACGAGGAACAAGCCCGACUAAAGGCACGUCAAGGGGUCAGCGUAUUAAGCAUGGUGGAUGUUGAUGUCAAAGAUAUAAAAACACAAACAAGUGUGCCUCGUGAUGGGGAAACAAAGGGGGAAAUUGUACUUCGUGGUAGUGGUAUAAUGAAAGGAUACUUAAAGAAUGAGAAAGGAACAUCGGAGGCUUUUAAGGAUGGAUGGUUCCAUACGGGCGAUGUAGGUGUUAUCCAUCAAGAUGGGUAUGUAGAAAUUAAAGAUAGGUUGAAAGAUGUGAUUAUAUCCGGUGGGGAGAAUAUUAGUAGUUUGGAGGUGGAAACUGUGAUAUUCCGUCAUCCAAAGGUGUUGGAUGUAGCGGUCGUGGCAAUCCCCCAUCCGCGUUGGGGAGAAACUCCUUGCGCGUUUGUAGUGAAAAGGGUCAAAAAUGAAAACUGGACGGGACAAGAGAUCAUGGGACAUUGUAAGAGUAACCUUCCACAUUAUAUGGUACCUAAGAAGGUGAUAUUUGUAGCAGAGAUACCUAAGACAGCCACCGGAAAACCACAAAAGGACAUAUUGAGGGAUUUUGCAAAAAAGUGUAUCAACGAAUCAACCACGAAAAAGGAGCAUCAAACAGAUCAAUUAAUCACUAUGUCACGCUUAUAGUUCUAGAGUUUACACCGAGUUAAAGUUUCUAUUGAACCUCAGGUUAUGUUUCUUAAAGUGCUUUGUUUGUGUAGUCACAAUCUCAAGGUCGUAAGUAAUUAAUAAUGUGUAUGACUUUAAGUAGGCCUUGAGAUUAGAUUUGUUGUGGUUCAUAACCAACAUGUUCGAUCCUUUGGACUUAAUUCUAUUUUCAAUCUUGAAAUGGGUAUCAAGUUGGUCAAUUUGCAUCACCCAAUAU